GGUAUGAAGGAGCAACUGAGCAGCGGUGACUCCACCUCCUCCUGGACCAGGACAAGUCUGGUGGGGGCUCUGAGCUUCUCUCCCUCAGAGCUCUUCAGUCUCUGUGCUGCUGAGGAUCUAAAGCUUCAGCGUCCAGCCCUCACCUCCACCCCCGUCUGUUCCCUCAAACACCCCCACACCACCAACAGCACCCAGGACGAGCCCUGUCUGCACUGCAGCAGCCUCAGCACCCAGACUCCCUCAGAGAUCAGAGAGAGGAUCAGAGCGCUGUGGGCGUCGGCUCCUCAGACACCAACACCACUGAGGACCACUACCUGCAGCCAGGACCAGGUCUCAGUUUGUCAGAGCAGGAUGAUGAAUGAGACGUGGGAGGAGACGAGCGUCGACCCCGACAGCAGCUCUGAGGUCCAGGGGGAGAGUCUGCUGACCUCCAUCCUGCAGGUCCAAGCAGAGUCUAGCUCUGCCCAGCAGCAGGUCCAGGAGGAGUCCAGCUCCGCCCCCCGCUGUGAGGAGUUUGGCUGUUUCCCGCUGGAGGGACAGGUGGAGGUGUGGUGGUGUCAGCAGCCAGUCAGUUACCUGUCCUCUCCAGACUGUCCCGCCCACAGACUGAACCCCUUCGAGCUGAGUGGAGAGUUACAGGUGAUGAUGUUUGGGAAAACAGACGAUCAGAUGAGUCUGACGGAGCAGGCCCGACUCUAUGUGGAGCCCUGAUCUUCAUCGUCUUCGUCCUCAGUGAUCAGCUGAUCAGCUGAUGUCAGCAGGGAACAGAGUUCAUGAUGACGAUCUGUCUGAGUUCAACAGGUCAGAGUGUUAACUCCAUUUAUAUCCGUCUGCAAAGACACUUUCAUCUUCGUCUUCUUCAUCUUCAUCAUCCUCCUCAUCCUCAGCCCUGUGGUGGGAACCUGACUGUGUGAAUGUGUUUUAAUGUAACGUCUGUGAAUCAUGAGUCGGCUGACUGCAGAG